AUGCUGUUCUUCAUUGCCCUGGACUCACUUAGUAUACAUAGCAGAAUUCACACUGGAGAGAAACCGUGUAUAUGUAAGGAAUGUGGAAAGGCCUUUGCUAGAGCCUCAGGACUUAGUGUACAUAGGAAAAUUCACACUGGAGAGAAACCGUAUAUAUGUAAGCAAUGUGGGAAGGCCUUUGCUGUAGCCUCAACUCUUGGUGAACAUAGGAAAAUUCACACUGGGGAGAAACCAAAUAUAUGUAAGGAAUGUGGAAAGGCCUUUGCUUGGGCCUCAACAUUUAGAGAACAUAGGAAAAUUCACACUGGAGAGAAACCGCAUAUAUGUAAGGAAUGUGGAAAGGCCUUUGUUAGAGCCUCAAAACUUACUGUACAUAGGAAAAUUCAUACUGGAGAGAAACCGUAUAUAUGUAAGGAAUGUGGGAAAUCCUUUGCUGAAUCCUCAACACUUAGUAUACAUAGCAGAAUUCACACUGGAGAGAAACCGUGUAUAUGUAAGGCAUCUGGAAAGGCCUUUGCUAGAGCCUCAGGACUUAGUGUACAUAGGAAAAUUCACACUGGAGUGAAACCAUAUAUAUGUAAGGAAUGUGGAAAGACAUUUGCUAGAGCCUCAGGACUUAGUGUACAUAGGAAAAUUCACACUGGAGAGAAACCGUAUAUAUGUAAAGAAUGU